AUGAAAGGACAAACUCUGAAACGAGGACGAGAACACAAGGGAAAAGAAAAAGUUGCAACGAAAGAAGAAAAAAUGAACACUGUAAGGAAAUUAAGGAUUAUGUAUAGUACUAAUGAUGACCCUGAUGCUACAGAUGAAUCAAGUGAUGAUGAGAUUUUGAUCAAAGAUGAUGGUUCUAAGCGGAUAGUCAAGAAAUAUUUGGUUCCAAUCAAAUCACAUGCAGAGAAUUCUGUACUUCCACAACCGGAUGUGGAUGUCAAUUCAAAAAAUGUUGUAGCUGCAGUUCCUACUCCUUGUUCCAGCAAGAUCAAAAAGAAAAAAACGAGCAAAUUCAAAGGUGUUCGCCGAAGGAAAUGGGGGACAUUUGCAGCAGAAAUCCGAGAUCCAAUUCGAGGGGAGAGGUUGUGGCUGGGUUCAUAUAAGACUGAACAAGAAGCUGCUAUUGCUUAUGUGAAUAAGAGGGAGGAACUUGACAAUGAAUUAGCUUGGAAAAAGGACGCACUAGCUUCAAAAGAUGCCAAAUAG